AACAACUUUUGAAGUCAGGAAGUCAGAUAUUUUUAUUUAAAAGGCAUUUUAAGUGUUGUCUAGUGAGUUAUUAAAUAAAUAAUAUGAAAAUUAAAGGAAUUAAACGAUUUAAAACUGAAAAUUUAAAAUUGCUCUUUCGAAUGUCAAGAAGUAAAAAUUUACGUUUAAUAAAUGACGAAAUAUUUAUAUUUUCCCACUUCCUUCAUACAUUUGUUAUUCCUAAUUUUAAUAUUAUGGGAAAUAUCGUCUAAAACCACUCUAAUAUACGUAAAAGGAAGUGAAAAGGAAUCCCGAAUAGUCAAUGGUAUAACUACAAAUAUACAAAGUGCCAAAUAUAUCGUUAAUCUAAGACUAAAUGGCAAAUUUAUUUGUGGUGGUUCUUUAAUAACACCAAAACUUGUUAUAACAGCAGCCCAUUGUGUUAAACAAUUUAAUCCCAAUCAAUUGACAGUAACAGGUGGCGUAACAUAUCUUUCAGAAACUGGAGUACGUAGAAGUAUUGACAAGAUGAUGGUACCUAAAGAAUAUAAUGCUGAUACUUAUCACAUGGAUAUAGCGGUACUUAAACUAACGGGCCCUAUGACUGGCAAUAAUAUAGGAACGAUUGAAUUGUGCAAAUCCGAUUGGAAACUUGGAGAUUCUAUACAAGUUUUUGGUUGGGGUGCUUUGAAUGAAAACAAUAAUCAGGAAUCGAAUCAAUUGCGUACGGUUAGAGUUCCCUUGAUAACGCGUAAACGCUGUACGGAUAUGUACAAAGCCGAUGGUAGAGCGAUAACACAGACAAUGUUCUGUGCUGGUGAUUUAAAGGGAAAAGAUGCUUGUUCUGGUGAUUCCGGUGGACCGGCAAUAUUUCAAAAUCAAUUGUGUGGCGUUGUAUCGUGGGGUGUUGGUUGUGCGAGAACUAAAUCUCCUGGAGUCUAUACAAAUAUUAAGAGUGUACGUAAUUUUCUUGAUCAAGCUAUAAAAUUGGGAUUGGACUAAGAGGCAAAUGUGAAUGAACAAAUUUUGUUAUAAAGACGUUUUGUAAUUUGUAUUAUAUUAAUAAUGUAGUCAAUUUUUUUAAUAAAUAAACUGCGAC